AUGGACCAGGGAAAUCAUACAAGUGUCGAAGCCAAAGACUUUGCAGAACACAUCAGAAAUAUACAUGAAGAGGUGAGGAAGCACAUUAAUGAGAGGAAUCUACAAUAUAAGGCAAAGGCAAAUCAGAAAAGGAGGCAUAAGGAGUUUCAAGUUGGUGAUGAAGUGAUGGUCCAUUUGAGAAAAGAAAGGUUUCCAGUGGGAACAUAUAAUAAGCUAAAGAGGAAGAAGUUUGGUCCCUACAAAAUUUUGAAGAAGCAUGAAUCUGGAAACACAUAUGAGGUACAUUUGCUGGAAGGAAUUAACAUUUCCCCUGUAUUCAACAUUUCAAACUUAAUAGAAUAUCAUGAAGAUGGCACAGAGGAGGAGACACCAAUAGAACAAUUCAAAAUUCCUACACCUACUUUAGAGAAGGAGAAGAUCAAAGCAAUUCCCGAUAGCUAUGUGAAAAUUACCAGGAAGAGGCAGUAUGAGUAUCUGGUGAAAUGGACGGAAAGAUCUAUUGAAGAUUCUGCAUGGUUGUCCAAGGUAGAGAUUGACUAUUUGGGUUUUCCUCAAUCAGCUGAAACGUGUAAGAGAAUGGCAAUCGGAAUCCAAGGGGAAGGCCGACGACAGCGGCCAUGGCAGAGGAAGAGUGAAGAGGUGAUAGGGAGAGGUGGUGCCACACAAUAUAUGGCAGCGACAACCCCUAUGGUGGCCACUCGUAGUGGCGGUCGAGGCCACCACUGGGGGUCAUGGCCCAUAGUGGCGGUCGAGACCACCCUUGCGGGUCACGGCCCAUAG